CAUUGUUUCCCUGCUGAGUACCUGAAACGUGAAUUCACAGAAGCUUUGUUUUGUUACCUUUUUCAUGUAUAUGUAUUCCCCCGGUGUAGGUUGUAUUAUUAUCUCUCUCUCUCUCUCUCUCUCAACGGAGAAGAUGAAGACUCAAGGUUCCAACGUAGAUCUCAUUCAGAAGUUCUUUAGGGUGUACAUACCAAACUUCACCGAAGAUAACAUGAAUCUACCUUUUGUUUCGGACAAUACCUCAGGGAUGCAUCUUCCUCAGAAAGUGACAGUUAAAAGCGUGUCUUCGAGUAACAUCUGGAGGAUGGAAAUGACAACGAACGGUGAGAGUGACGAUGUGUUUCUCCGGGACGGAUGGAAGAAGAUCGUCAAGGACGAGAACAUCACCGAGCCAGUAUUCUUGGUCUUCGAGUUCGAUGGUUCUCGCUUGUUCCACUUCUGCGUGUACGAGCACAGUUCCAUGUGUAAGAGGACGAGGUUUCUCAUGGAAAAAGAAGUGAUUGAUGUGGAGAGUGAAGAAGAAAUUGAAGAUGAUGAUGAGAGCACAAAAGAGUUUGAUGAGUCGCCAAGAAGGAAAGAAAGAGGUGGUACAAGUAGGCAACGUUUGAAGACGGACAGUCAUAAGGUUGAUGAAUAUCUAGACGACGAACUUAAUCCGUCUUUUCCCGUUGAUAUGACUCAGUCAAGAAGUACGCGCAUACCGUCGCUACUUAUAAAGGACUACAACUUGACAUUUCCAAACUUGGUUACUGUACGUGACAAGAUUGGGAAAUUAAAGAGGAAAAUCUUGGUUUCGAAGAACAAAUCUGUGUAUCUCAGUGGACUCCGCAGUUUCAUCCGAAGGAAUCAUGUGAAGAAAGGUGAUCAAAUGUUCUGCGAACUAAAGAUGGUUGAUGGUUAUCAAGGUCUUGUUCAUGAAAUCAAGGUCCAUAUUAUCAAAGGCUGAUCUCGUCCAUUCAAGAUGGUGUUACUUCUUCUAUCUUAUCGAUGACUGAAAUAUGUUUAGCUUAUUAAUGUCAGUUGUGUUGAACAUGUUAGUUUCACAUUUGUUUCCUUAUGCAUUUCACAAAAACACAUUGCAACUUGCAACUUUUGUUCCCUACAUAAUUUAUGUGCUUCUCUACGUUUGUUCCCUACAC